GAGGUGAUGGAGAUCUGGCAUUGUCGAGUGCCACCGCUGACCCUGACCUUGGUAACCAUGGAUAACACGACAACCUAUCAGCUGAGCAACUGGACCGCUCUAGACCAAUCAGAGCUCAGUUUGGAGGAGCUGCUGCUACUGGUGGCCGACAACGACACCAACACCACCCUCACCGAGGAUGACUACGGGGGGCUCUCUUGUGGCGAGUGGGAGCCGGCGCAACACAAUCUCUUCCAACUCUCGAAUAUCUUCUUUGUCGCCGCCUUCCUCUUGCCUAAGAAGUUCAAGAAGAGUGUGCUUCUGCUGAGGGCACUCCUAUGUGCGGGGUUUAUAGUGUCGGCCCUCUGGUCGGGGAUUCACGUGUGUACACCCGACAUGUUUGCCUGGGACACGCUGCUGGCUGGCCUCAACCUGGUGCACGCCGUCAUACUCACGUUCCGCUUCCUGCCUCCCGCCCUCUCGGUCGAACUAACCGAACUGUACGUGCGAAUGUUCAAGCCCCUGAAGGUAUCAAGAAAGCAUUUCAAGGAACUAACGAGAGAAGCGUCUCUACUGCAUCUUGCUGCAGGCGAGAGCUACGCUAUAGAGGAGUCCACUCCUGCAGACGAGAGGCUAUCGGUUCUGCUCAGGGGGAAGCUGCGGGUCACCUGUGAUGGGAUGCAUCUGCACUACAUCAACUCAUACCAGUUCAUUGAUUCCCCAGAGUGGGAAGCAGGUCAUGAGACUAGCGACGACCUAUUUCAGGUGACGAUAACAGCGGAAGAAGAAAGUUUAUACCUGUGUUGGCCUAAACUUAGAAUGGAUAGAGUAUUGAGACACAGGCCUAUGUUACGUACUAUACUUUCAAAUCUUAUAGGUAAAGACAUAACUCAGAAGCUGUAUUCGCUAAACGAGCAGCUAGGGUCGGCCAUCCUGCUGAGCACGACAAGCAAGGCAAUCAAGUCAGACCACUGGAGACACGUGAUGACUCGCUCACUCAGUGUGGACGCGGUCAGCACGGGUACCAAGGGUCAUGUCCGCUCCUCGGCGUGGCGACAAGCUCACCACAACAGGCGCAACUCUCUCGUCUUCUCUGAUAAUCAGUCACCAUCGAGAGGACAACAGCAGUGUUGGAUUCCUAUUGUAGCCAAUCAUUUUCCUGCGACGUCUCCAUUCAUAGGACCUCCGCAGCCUCCACUGACGGCUGCAGGUCCUGCGAGUCCUGUUACUCUGAUACCCGUGCCAGUGAUAGUUCCCGUGCUUCCCCCACCACCCGCUGCAUCGCGACCUGUCCGGAGUCGACCCAGAGAAGUCAAAUUCGACGAGAGCAAAGUCUGACGACAGCUCUCCGGGAGGAGGAAGAGGGGAACUUCGUUUCGGGACAAGAAAGUCGAGUCGAAUCCUGAAACGAUCCCCCUCUUCCACUUCCCCCCGGGGUCAUAGUCGCGCAUUUACUUAUGAGAUUUUGUUGCUUCCCUAUGUUAUUAAUGACUGCCUUCUGUACAUUUGCAAAUGUCCCCUUGCCUUACAGUCAGUUGAUGUGAUGUUUCAAACCAAUCGAAAGACACCUGGUGAGAAUUAGAGUGGAUGUGACUUGUUUGUAUUUUUAAAAUAUGAUUGUUUGUAUAACCUUGUCCUAAGUAAUAGUACUAAUGAAUAAUAUAAACAACUGAGUAGGCUUAUGUUCAUCCCAUUACUUAUGAAAGGUAUAGAAUAUAUGUUUCAGCUUUAGAUGGAUAAAGAAUGAAAAAAUGUUGAUCGCUAUUUUACCAUAUGAUUUUUAUGAAAUUUAUUUAUAUUUCAAAAACAU